AUGCCAACAGUGAUAGCAUUAGAUGUGUCUUUGUCAAUGAGACGUCCAAUAUUAGGAAGUGGAUCAUGUGAAAAUAAUCAAAAUGAACAGUUAACAAGGCAUCAUCUAGCCAUACAUGGAAUAAGUGCAUUGUUACAUUAUUUACAAGUAAAUUCAAAGUUGGAAUUUGUAUCUCUUGUGGUGUUUUCUUCUUUGUAUGAAGUUAUUUGUCCCUUUACUCGGGAUUAUGAUAGUAUACGUUCAAAAUUACAAAAUAUAGAAGAAUGCGAUAAGACUUGUAUAGAAACUGCUCUCCAUGGUGUUAAUAAUGUUAUUAUGGCAGAAUGGGGUAAUACUACAGCUUGCCAAGUAGUUUUAAUCACAGAUGGUAAUCCUGGAGUAGGUCCUAUGUCUUUAGGUGAUUCUUUGAAUUCCUUAAAUAUAACAAGGGAUGUAAAUCCGUUUCCAUUGCCAUUUCCAUAUCCAGGAAAGUUAAGUAUUGUAUGCAUUGCACCACAACAAGAUGGUGGUUUACAUAUAGGUUUACCGCUUUACCAACGAUUGGUGGAAUUGGCUGGUGGUGAUAGUGUAGUGCUUGUCCCUGAAUCGCCACUUUCGAAGCAUUCAGUUACAGCCUGUUUCCAGAAAUUAGCAGAAACUAAUUAUAUCUCUUUUCAAGGAUAUCUAAAAUGUGGGAACCUAGGUUCCUGCAUUUUUUUAUCACCAGCGCCUAUGCCUUAUACUAAGAAGACAGAUUUUGAAUUAGUAUCUGGUUUGAUAAUAUCGAAAACCAUAGAAAUCUGUGGUUUUAUAUCUGUAGCAGAUGUUGGAAGUCCCAGUGCCAUAUCUAGGCACUUAGUUUUGCCAUUAGCCACAGACAAGAGUCCAAGUAUACAAGGCAUAUCUUUGGAAGAAGAGUCAGAUACGGACGAGAACGGAGACGAAGGAAAAAUACCAUCGUUUUGCGUAUUACUACAUGGGGCUUUGAAGGUUGAAAAUAUGGUGGCACUCUGUUUAUUAAAUAAUGAGUGGUACGGUUUUAUAUACUCAUGGGCGGACACAAAGAAAAAAUCGAACUUAAUGUUAACAGUAUUAGAACCAGGUCUAGAUGUUGUUCCCUGGUUAGGUAGUUUUAAUAAUUUAGGACCAGUUGAUGCAGUCAAAGGUACUGCUGUCAAUUUUCCAGUCAGACCAACUGAAAAAAGAAGUUACACGCAAAAUGCACCUUCUUGGAUUCGCCAAGUUGGAUUGCAAUCUGAUAUUCAGAAAAUUUUAAGACAUGCCAGAAAAUUACCUGAGAAGACACAGAACUUUUAUAAGGAAGUUAAUCGAUUGCGCAGAGCUGCUGCAUCCAUGGGAUUUGUGGAACUUUUAGAAGGAUUGGCAUGUAUCUUGGAAAGAGAAUGUACAUUAUUACCUCCCAAUUUAAAUCCUGACUGUACAAUUCAGAUGGGCCAUGUAGCUUCUAUGAUAAGAAAACCUGAAUUUCUUGAGCUUAGAUAUAAUAUACCACCUGCACGUACAAGAUUCCAACAUGGAGGAUCAUAGA